UUUCGCGCUUGUUUCCCUAUCUGAAGAUCACAACCCGUUGUCCGGGUUUUCACAACACAGUCAAAUAUAUCUAAAUCAGUAUUUUGUCGUUUCAAUUUGGGCAAGGGGCGUGGAAGCAAUAAUUAGUUGAAUCCUAAUGCAUUAUUGCGUCUUUGGUUCUGAAGAGAGGAGAGACAAAACCGGGAGGGGAGGGUGAGGAGGGGUAAAGGCGGAACAAACCGGUGUGCCCUGAUAGACGCUGUAGCGGCUCGCCCGCACUGCAGAUUAACUCUUAGCAGGCCGAGGAUGCACAGGACCGGAAGAAGGACAGGAGGUAUCCCUGUUGCUCUGGGCACGGUACAAACUUACAAACUCAUCUGCGAGGAACCACACUCGUUGAGAACUAAGAGAAAGAUCAUAUGUCCUCUCUUCAACCUGACACUGUGUGUGGACAAAAUCACAGAAUGUACACAGCACAACUGGAACACACUGAAAACCACUGACUGAACCUAACGUCCUUUCUCAAUGUUGGAAGAGACAGUCAGAGAGCGUUGUUUGUCCCACUCACUCUCAGUGAACAUACCCCAGACUGUCCUGUGUGAGUAAAGGUAGCUAGGAGGACGGGGCAAAAGGUGGGAGGUCCCACUCACAGUCAGUGAAAAUCCCAAGACACCCAAGAGACUAUCCAUCAAGACACAGCCAUUACUGACUUUACAUAGCCACAUAACCAGGUCUGGCCCGGAGACAGCCAGUCCUGUGUGUGUGGAAGUAGCCCAGUGUGUGUGGGUGGAGGUAGCUAGGAGGAGGGGGCGCCAGUUGUCUUCUCAGGCCGGAUGCAGAACAUCCUCGAGCAGAACUUAGACAUGGCCACGGCUCUGCUGGCGGGGGAGAAGCUGAAGGAGCUGAUUCUGCCUGGCUCUUCCCAGGAUGAGAAGGGAGGCAUGCUGGCCGGCCUCAUGGUCCAGCUCAAACUAGAGCUACCAUUUGACCGCGUCGUCACCAUCGGCACCGUCAUUAUCCCCAUCCUGCUUGUCACACUCGUCUUCACAAGGAAUUUCGCAGAGGAGUCAAUCUACUGCUACACGCCUCACAACUUCACCCGUGACCAGGCCCUGUACGCGCGAGGCUACUGUUGGACAGAGCUGCAUGACGCCGUGCCCGGGGUGGAGCCUGAACUUCGACCUUCGCUGUUCGAGCACAAGUUCCUGCCCUAUGCUCUUCUGGCCUUUGCUGGCAUCAUGUACAUCCCUGCUCUCGGCUGGGAGUUCAUGGCCUCCACAAGACUUACCUCCGAGCUCAACUUUCUGCUUCACGAGAUCGACAACUGCUACCACCGGGCAGCUGAGGGCCGGGCCCCUAAAAUCGAGAAGCAGAUCCAGUCUAAAGGACCGGGUAUCACUGAGAAAGAGAGACGUGAGAUCAUUGAGAAUGCGGAGAAGGAGAAGAGCCCCGAGCAGAACCUGUUUGAGAAGUACCUGGAGAGACGAGGCCAGAGCAACUUCCUGGCCAAGCUGUACCUGGGGCGCCACCUGGCCAUCAUCUGCCUCAGCUCUAUCCCCAUCUCCUACCUGAGCGCCUACUGGCACCGCCAGCGCCAGAACGAGUUCAGCUGUGCCCUGGGGGAGCCUCCAGACACCAGCAGCAUCCCAGAGCUGAGGCUCAGCGUCAACUGCAAACUGCCGGCCGUGCAGCUGCAGAGGAUCAUGGCCGCCGUGGACAUCGCCCUGCUGAGCACCAUGAACCUCGUCAUCCUGGUCAACCUGCUGCACCUGUUUGUGGUGCGCAAGUCCAACUUUGUGUUCGACAAACUGCACAAAGUGGGCAUCAAGACGCGGAGGCGCUGGCAGAAGUCCCAGUUCUGCGACAUCAACAUUCUGGCCAUGUUCUGUAACGAGAACCGUGACCACAUUAAGUCACUCAACCGCCUGGACUUCAUCACCAAUGAGAGCGACCUCAUGUAUGACAACGUGGUGAGGCAGCUGCUGGCCGCGCUGGCCCAGUCUAACCAAGAUGUCACGCCCACAGUGAGGGACUCAGGCAUCCAGACCCUAGAUCCCAAUAUGGACCCCUCUCUCCUGGGGGUAGGGGAGCUGGGAGGGGAGCCACUGGUCAUCAAACGACCACGCAAGAAGAUGAAGUGGAUCCCCAGCUCCAACCCUCUCCCGCAGCCCUUUAAGGAACCUCUGACAAUGACGCGUUUGGAGAACAGCAUUAAGCCUGAGAAGCCCAAACUGGUGAGGAGGAAAACAGUGGCAGAGAGCUACGUCGCUCCUUUAAGCAAGAGCACACAGUACUCUGCUAAAGAUAUGAGCACGCUGGAGAAAAAGCAUAGUCGCAACUUUUCCCUGGAUGUCCACCCGUACAUGCUGACCAUCCGUAAGCCCACCAAAGUAGAGACAGUCAGCACAGAGCCUCUACCCCCAGACCACACCCUGGACUCGGUGUUCAUCGAGGGCACACACACCAUUGUCCAUGUCUCCGCUUCUAUCACAGAAAAGAAAGAUCGCACUCCAGAAUCCACCAACACAGUCUUCUCUACAAUGACCGUCCCCACCAGCACCUAUAUGAACGGUGCCACUCCCAGCCCUAACCCACCAUUUCUCGCUGACCGCCACCUUAUAGAACCCCUGAUCGAGCAAGAGGAGCCUGAAGAUGCCCAGCCUGCAGUCUUCACUCGGAUCCCUUCCCACCAGCUGCUCAGUAUGCAUCAGCUACUCAGUAUGGAGGAAGAGGAGGCUAGAGGCCAGGGGGCCAGACUGUCUGAGAGACCCGGGGGGGAACUGAUCUCUGCUGGGGAGUGUUGAGGAGGAGACACACACAUCCCAUCCCACCUAUAGCCAAAAACCACAUUGUCCCCCUAACCCCUAGUUAUGCUGUGCUCAUACCUCACUACUCCUCUGGUGAAGGCACUGAGUGCGAGUGCUGAUGGUGCUGAACCAGAAUUUUUAGCUGGAGUGUUGAAGAUUUAACAAGAUGGAGCAUAAGAGAGGAUAGUGGUUCAAUGUGUUCUGAUCUACCCAUAGUCAUCUGACUGCUGUUACUCUCUCCACACAUGAAGACUUCGGUGAAAUGCACACAGGAGCAUUACCUUUGUAGAUCCUGCACAGUUGAAUGGAGCAUUUGUUGGUCAUGUUCUUGACUUGGAGAGGAAGCAGCUCUUAAUGAAAAAUAUAAGAAAGAGAAUAGGGAAGACAUACGGUUUGAAGCUUUUUAAACACAUUUUUGAAAAGCACACAAUCUAUAGUCCAUUCGGAGAGUAAUCAGGGCCCUUUACUUUUUCCACAUUUUGUUACGUUACAGCCUUAUUCUAAAAUGGAUUAAAUCGUUUUUUCCCCAUCAAUCAACACACAAUACCACAUAAUGACUAAGCAAAAACAGUUUGAAAAAAUUUUUUUGCAAAUGUAUAAAAAAUAAAUAAUGAAAAUCACAUUUACGUACACUACCGCUCAAAAGUUUGUGGUCACUUAGAAAUGUAAUUGUUUUUGAAAGAAAAGCUAUUUUUUUUGUCCAUUAAAAUAAGAUCACAUUGAUCAGAAAUACAGUGUAGACAUUGUUAAUGUUGUAAAUCACACCUGACGAUUGACUAUUGUAGCUAUUGUAGCUAAUGACUAUUGUAGCUGGAAACGGCUGAUUUUUAAUGGAAUAUCUACAGUUGAAGUCGGAAGUUUACAUACACCUUAGCCAAAUAAAUUUAAA